AUCAUAUAUAGCUAUAUGUAUGUAUAUAAUUUUCGCUUUCCUUGCUGCGAGAUAUAUACUCUACUUCACACGAUACCGCCGAGAAUUCUUGGAUUUCCAGAAGCCCCGAGUCGUCGAAUCCCCUCCUCCUCAUCUCCCCGUCCAGCCGUCGUCCUCUCCUCCCUUAUCGAUCCGGCCGCUGAAUUCUUCUUCCUCCUCCUCCUCCUCCGUCCUUCUACCCUGCGGAGCAGAGCAGGCGCUGAGUUCGUUCGUUGCACCGGGCUAGAGCUAGAGGAUACACAGAGGCGUCAGCUAGCUGUAGCUCUGGAGGACCUUAUACCAAUGGUGAUGGUGAGCGUGGCGAACCCGAGCCCGAUGGUGCGGUCGGAGGAGGACCUGGGCCCGCCGUGGCUGCGGCCGCUGCUGGGCACGAGCUUCUUCGUGCCGUGCCGGAUGCACCCGGAGCUGAGCAAGAACGAGUGCAACCUCUUCUGCCUCGACUGCACCGGCGACGCGCUCUGCGCCUACUGCCUCCCGGCGCACCGGGACCACCACGUCGUCCAGAUACGGCGGUCGUCGUACCACAACGUGAUCCGGGUGUCGGAGGUGGGGAAGCUGAUCGACAUCUCGCACGUGCAGACGUACGUGAUCAACAGCGCCAAGAUCGUGUUCCUCAACGGCCGGCCGCAGGCCAGGCCCGGCAAGGGCGUCACCAACACCUGCGAGAUCUGCUGCCGGAGCCUCCCGGACUCGUUCCGCUUCUGCUCCCUCGGCUGCAAGCUGGGAGGGAUGCAGUGGGACCCGAGCCUGACGUUCGCCAUCCGGCCGAAGCGCGGGCAGGGCUCCGGCGACGACGGCUCCGGCUCCGACGACUCGUUCAGCCCCAAGAAGCCCCGGAGGACGGCGGCCGGGCUCGACCUCGGCCGCUUCGACCGGCCGGGCAUCCGCUGGUCCGACGACGAAGGCAGCAGGUCCAACAACGGGCGGCCCAUCACGCCGGGGACGCCGCCGAUCAACCGGUGCCGGCCGUCCAGGAGGAAGGGCAUCCCCCACCGCGCCCCGUUCUACGGCUAGCCGCCAGCAGACCCCGGUGCCAACACGCUCAUCAGCAGCUAGCCUUCACUGCUUCACUCUUCAGCUACAGCACAAUGUGUGUCCCUAGUCACUCAAGUCUGUGCAGUGAAGUGAUCCAAAAUCAUCAGCUACUGGUAGGUCACCGUAUACACAUCUAGGUAUAUAUAGCCUAGCCUGUUACGUAUAGCAGCUAUUGUAUACACGCAUACAUACACAAUAAUGUAGGCGAAAGGUAUCAUCUGUACAUGCCAGUAUAUUGACAAAGUCUGUCAAGAAGUAUGUGUAGACAUGGUCUGAAAAGGAGAGAUAGCAGAAACAACAUAGGUAGGGUUUGAGUUUUAGCUUGGGUAGUAUAGUAGUAGUAUUAGCGGUCGAGAUUGAUAUGUGAGAAAGGGAAGAAUAAGCAUCAUGUAUUUGUCUCGGUUUGUAGCGUCUGGCAGCUGCUUGCUUGCCCUCCUCCACCACCCAAUGCGUUUAUUAGCGUUGCGGUGUGAAGCUAAAAAGUUUUUUUUAAUUAUUAAUCACCUGUUUAUUUAGGGGCUUAAUCUGUAUGCUAA